UGCAACACCAUUUGUCACACCUUCCAACCAAAGAAUGGUUACAUCAUCUCACUCCCAUCUCUGGUUUCUUCUUCUUCUCUGUUGCUCCCCUGCCCAUUACUCCUUCGCUCAAAGCUCCCUUGAAUCAAAAGAUGAUGUCCGAAGAUCAGACUUCCCUGAUAGUUUCUUCUUCGGAACAGCCACUUCUUCAUAUCAAGUUGAGGGAGCUUAUCUUGAGGAUGGAAAGAGCCUCAGCAACUGGGAUGUCUUUAAUCAUAGGCAAGAUACCAAUGGAGAGAAUGGAGACAUUGCCGAUGACCAUUACCAUCGCUACUUGGAAGACAUCGAGAUGAUGGAUUCUCUUGGGGUCAAUGCUUAUCGAUUCUCGAUUUCUUGGGCCAGAAUUCUUCCCAAAGGGAGAUUUGGUAGAGUUAACCCGACUGGUGUGUUGUUCUACAACAAAAUUAUAGACAAUCUCCUCCUCAAAGGAAUUCAGCCAUUUGUGACGAUAUGCCAUCACGAUUUCCCCCAAGAACUCGAGGACAGAUUUGGGUCUUGGCUCAGUCCCCAAAUGCAGGAAGAUUUUGUUCAUUUUGCCGAGACCUGUUUUAAGAGUUUUGGCGAUCGAGUGAAGUACUGGAUCACGAUCAACGAGCCAAACUUGUUUGCAGACAUGGCCUACAUAAGAGGAAGAUAUCCACCAGCUCAUUGCUCGCAGCCUUUUGGCAACUGCUCUGUUGGCAACUCAGAUGUUGAGCCGCUCAUAGUGUUGCACAACAUGCUGCUGGCGCACGCCAAGGCAACCAGGCUCUACCGUGACCAUUUUCAAGCAGAACAGGGUGGAGUCAUAGGAAUCGUGGUGAAUUCCUUCAUGUUUGAACCAUUGACUGAUAGUGAGUUGGAUCGUGAAGCAGCAAAUAGGACAUUGGCAUUUAAUGUCGCUUGGGCCUUAGAUCCCCUUGUAUUCGGGGAUUACCCUCCAGAAAUGAGGCAUUAUCUUGGCAAUGAUCUACCCAGCUUCUCUCCAGAGGAAAGGAAGAUUAUAAAAGGCAGCACCGAUUUCUUUGGACUUAACCAUUACUCAACGCUAUAUGCUAAGGAUUGCAGAUAUUCUAAAUGCAUCCCCGGUUGGGACCGGCCAAUUCGAGGCUUUGCGUACACGACAGAGGAGCGAGAUGGCGUUCCAAUAGGGGAUCGAACAGGGAUGGUGAAAUUCUUCGUAGUUCCAGCAGGCAUGGAGAAGAUUAUCAAUUAUCUCAAGGAAAGAUACCACAACGAGAAGCCUCUGUAUGUACUAGAAAACGGGUAUUCGCCACCUCGAGAGCAAAAUGUACAAGUGCAGGACUUGCUGAAUGAUGUGAAGCGAAUUGAGUACCACACGGCAUACCUCUCACAUUUGGCCAAAGCAAUCAGGAAUGGUGCAGACGUGCGCGGGUAUUUCGUGUGGUCGUUGAUGGACAACUACGAAUGGGCAGAGGGCUAUGGCCCGAUGUUUGGGCUUCAUUACGUAGAUCGGCAAACUCUGGAAAGGACACCAAAGCUCUCUGCUCUAUGGUUUAAGAGCUUCCUAAACAACAAUGGAAGCUCAUUCAGGAAAAAGAAUGUUAUAGCAUCUGCCUCUGGACUAAAAGCAGACCAACAAGUUCAGUUGUAAUUCACUUCGUGUUCGGCUUAUGUUUACCUCUGUAUCCUAUCCCCAAUGAAUGGGCUUUUAAGAUACUAUGUAUGGAUUUGCCAAAUACAAUCACCAGCUGUGCUACUCUUAGUGUGUUAUAAAUGCAAUGGGGACUAAAUCAUUAAGAGGAGGAAAA